AGAAGCUAGCACUAGCAGCAUCACGAACAGAACCGUUUCGUUGCAGAGGAGCAGAGAGCUUAAAGCUUAGAAUGGGCCUCUGCGUGUCGUGCGACGUGGCUGCGGAUGGCGCCCCGACCGCGAGGGUGGUGCUGCCCAGCGGCGAGCUCCGGGAGUACUCUCAGCCAGCCACCGCGGCAGUGGCGCUCGAGGAGGUCGGCCACGGCAAGGAGGGGUGGUUCCUCUGCGACGCCGACGCGAUGGGGCUCCAGGGCUCCGUCACCGCAGUGGCCAGCGCCGACGAGCUCCAGCCGGGUCAGAUCUACUUCGUGCUUCCGGCUGAGAUGCUGCGACGCAGCCUCACGCUCGAGGAGGUGGCAGCGCUCGCCGUCAAGGCCAGUGCCGCCCUCGUCAAAGCCACGUCUGCCGGCGGCCGGCGCCGGCGAGGCUCUGUGGUGCCACUCGUGUUUACGCCGUCCGAGGAGGAUUACUCGGACGAUUCAGUGAUGACCUUCGUUGCGUCGAAACCGGCUGUGGUCAAGAAGCGGGUGGUGGCGUACCGCGGCGGGAGGUCGCCGCCGAGGUUCUCUCCGGACUUGACCGCCAUUCCGGAGAGCGAGUAG